AUGGACGACCACGAGCAAGACUACGAUCAAGACUCUACGGAGCAAACGCCGCUGGUGCAAAAUGGCCAGGUCGGACGCAAUAACAACAACACCCGGCAUCAGCGUCGCCCGCCGCACCGGCCCAUGCUGUCGGUGGCAUCGAUUGCCUCGAUUGCCAGCGUCAACGUGCCCAAGACGCACAAUGGCAACACCAUUGUCUUCAUCUUUUGCGGGAUUCUACUGAUCGUCUCGUGCGCCGAUGGCUUUGCCAACAUUCCGUUGACCAAGAUCGUCGAAAACUUUCUCUGCGACCAGUACUACGAGGAGGCCCACGGUAUCCGGGCGGGCGGCCCCGAUCUGGUCGUGGAUCCCCGGUGCAAGAUCCCCGAGAUCCAGAGCAAGAUGGCCAUCAUUUUUGCGACGGUUGAGGCAUGCAACGCUGUCGUCGGCUCACUUGCUGCGCUUCCGUGGGGUUUCGCUGCAGACCGACUUGGUCGGAGGCUUGUGGCCACAAUAGCCCUACUCGGGUUGGCCAUGUCGGUUCUCUGGAUCAUGGCGAUACUGUAUUUUUUGCAAACCUUUACCGUGACCCUGGCUGCUACAACAAGCCUAUGGCGUGUUGUCGGUGGCGGCUCGGCUGUCCUGGUGGCCAUACUUCUCAGCAUGAUAUCCGACGUGAUACCCGAGGACCAGCGAGCCACGGCCUUUAUGCGCAUCCACGUGAGCAGCAUGAUCGGCAGUCUGGUCUCCCCAGCGCUCUCGUCGGCCAUGUUGCGCGUGGCUGGUCCUUGGCCCGUCAUGUUUGUGGCCGUGGGCUGCAUUUUAGCCGGAGCCGUCGCCUUCAUGUUUGUACCGGAGACGAUGCAGCACAAGCCGAGCGAGUCUGCCGAGCAGCCGCACAGCGACGACAGCCCACAGGGCAUUAGAGGCCAUCUAGAUCAUGCGGCCAAGCAGCUGCGGCAUUCAAUGUCCAUGUUCAAAUCGGCUUCACUCAUCAUCCUUCUGCUGACCUGUCUCACCACAAAUCCUAUCGCGGGAUCCGUCUCGCAGUUUCUUGUCCAGUUCGUGUCAAAGCGCUACGAGAUCCCCAUCGAGUCAACGGGCUACGUGCAAUCGGGAUACGGCAUCUUUCAAAUCAUCCACGCUCUCCUCCUCCUCCCGUGGAUCUCCAGAUUUCUUCUAAGAGACAAGACCCCUAGUUUUCUCCGGAUGCCAAACGAACAAGUGCGUGACUUGGCAUUAGCAAGGUGGUCCUUUGGGAUUUUGGGUUUUGCCUUUUUCAUCAUGACGAUUGCGCCCACAUUGUGGAUGUUCAUCGCCGGGCUCUGCAUCUUGGCGCUUGGUUCGGCUGCGACAUCUCUUACCCGCAGUCUGAUGAGCUUGUAUGUGGAUCAACAACAUCGAUCCCGGCUGUUCAGUCUCGUCGGCAUUGUGGACACGGUCGGGGGGCUGUACGGUCCGCCAAUGUUGGCUGGUCUGUUUUCCCUAGGAAUGAAACAAGGCGGAGUGUGGAUUGGGCUUCCGUAUUUGGGAGUCAUGGUCAUUGCUGUGCUUGUCGUAAUACUGAUGCUCUUCAUCAGGGUGCCCAAGCAGAAUAUAGAGGAGCGAGACACAUCUGAAGAAGGGAGAACUCAUCAAGACUGA